AUGGCAGAGCCGGAGACGGAGACCACCAUCAUGGCCUCUUGUGUCUUCCAAUUCAAAGUUGAUUACGAACAAAGCAAGCAGCUUCCCAUUGACAAGGCCAUCUGUUCCGACAUCGUCUCCGCCGGGGGACAUCUGUGGAGGAUCAGGUGCUACCCGCGUGGCGAUGCCGAGGACGGCAAGGGCGAGUAUAUUUCUGUCUACCUCGAGCACAUGAGCAAAUCCAGAAGCGUCGGGGCCAUCUUUGAUAUCUUCAUAAUCGGUAGGGAUGGCAAACCACCUAUGUGGGACAUAUCGAACGUAUCUAGGACACUCCAAACCUUUGAAAUCAAUGGAGAUAAAGACCAGCGCGAUUGCUGGGGAUGGAGUCAGUUCAUCAAGGAAACUAUUUUGGAGGAAGAUUAUUUAACAGGGAGACACUUCACAAUUGUAUGUACCAUCAUGAUCAUCGAUGACAUGCCCAUUGUCGUCCCGCCUCCAGACAUCGGAACCCAUCUUGGCCGUCUGCUAGGUCAUGCUGACGGGACAGACGUGUCAUUCGUCGUCGACGAUGAGACAUUCCGUGCACACCGAGCGGUGCUUGCUGCCCGCUCGCCGGUGUUAAGGGUAGAGCUCUUUGGUUCCAUGUCAGAGGCUAUAAUGUCAUCCAUCACGCUGCACGACAUCACACCUGCAACAUUCAAAGUUAUGCUUCGCUUCAUAUACACGGAUGAAUUGCCCGGGGAAGACGAGCCCACAGACUCAUCCGUUGAGAUGUUUCAGGAUCUGCUCGCUGCUGCUGACCGGUAUGGAUUGGAUCGACUGAAGGUUAUUUGUGCCCAGAAGUUAUGGGAGAAAGUGUCUGUAGAUCCACAGGUCGUGAACGACGAGUGUAAUGCUGAGGAAAAGAGGGUACAAUAG